GGCAAGGCCCAGCAUGGCGGCGGCGCUCGGCGGACUGCGCGGGUUCCUGGCAGCGGCCGGGCGGGGGGCUCAGGGACGACAGAGCUGCCACCGGCCUGCGGGGCCACCCGUGCCACCGAGGCCACGAGAGCCGGCGGGGCAGCUCCCCGAGGGGGUGGAGUACAUCCCCACGCGGAAGAAGGGCAAGAACCCCAUGAAGCCGGUGGGGGUGGCCUGGGCCAUCGGGCUGCCCAGCGCCAUCAUCCUCUUCCUCCUGGUGAAGAGAGAGGUGGACAAGAACCGCCUGGAGCAGCUCCACAUCCGCCGCAAGAUGCUGGGAGCCAACAACGGAGAGUACAGCCUGUAUGCCCGCACACGCCUCGGCUUCCUCUUCUAUAAGCGGCAGGUGAAGAAGGCCCGCGAGCGCUUCCCCCACGGCCACUCUGUGUCCCAACCCCUGGGCUUCCGCGGGGUGAAAAUCGUGCCCAUCCCCGUGCUCUCCAAUAACUACAGCUACCUGGUCAUCGACACAGACUCUGGCCGUGCAGCCGUGGUCGACCCCUCCGACCCACUGGCUGUUCAGGCUGCCAUCGAAGAGGAGGGGGUGAUGCUGGAGGCUAUACUCUGUACACACAAACACUGGGACCACAGCGGAGGGAACGCGGCGCUGCUCCAGCAGCAUGGCUCCUGCAAGGUGUAUGGCAGCGCUGUCGAUGCCAUCCCUGAGCUCACCCACCCCGUUGGGGACAGGGAGAAGCUGAGCGUGGGCUGCCUGACUUUCGAGGCGCUGGCCACUCCGGGCCACACCGUGGGGCACGUGGCCUUUGUGCUGGAUGCAGGGCCCUUUGGGGGCCCCCCCUGCCUGUUCUCUGGGGACCUGCUCUUCCUGGCUGGCUGCGGAAGGCUGUUCGAGGGCUCCCCUGAAACCAUGCUGGCCUCCCUGGAUGCAGCCGUGGGCUUGGGAGAGGACACGCUGUUGUGGCCGGGCCACGAGUACGCACUGGAGUGCCUGAGCUUCGCCCGCCUGCUGGAGCUGGACAACCCCGCGCUGGAGCAGAAGCUGCUCUGGGCCACGCAGCAGCGGCAGGAGAAGAGGAGCACGUGCCCCUCGACGUUGGGCGAGGAGCGGACCUACAACCCCUUCCUGCGCACGCACCGCCGGGAGCUGCAGGAGGCGCUGGGGCUGCAGCGGGGCAGCGGGGAGCACCACGAUGCCUUCCGAGCCCGCGUCCUGCGGGAGGUGCGCAGGAGGAAGGACCUCUACAAGGCCACUUAGUGACCCUCCCCCCCCACCUCGUGACCCCCCACCUCUGGACGUGGGGGCCUUCCGGACUAUGUGAUUUUUUUUUUCUGCUGUGAAUUCCCCUCCUCCUUAGUCCUGCUGGGAGAUACAGGGCAAGGAUGGACCCCCCCCCCCCCCCAUACGCACACCCCAUGUGUGCACCUCAUAGGUGGUCCCUCCCCCUGCCCCCCCUUCCUACACCAUCCCUUCUCUGGGGGUCUGCCCCCCCCUCCCCCCCGCCCCACUUCUGGGGCUGUAGGAACAGCACUAAGGGCUCUCCUUAUUUUCCCUCCUCCCGCUUUAUGGGAGACCCCAAUUCACCCCCAAGGACCCAACCGGCGCUCAGGGAAUCCCCCAUUCCCCUCAUUACUGUGUCUCCCUUUGGGGGUGGAGGGGCAAGGAGGAAGCCUGGGUGCCCAGCAUUGCCCUGGGGCUCCCCCCACAUCCUUCUCCACCCCCCAUACACUGGGAUGGGGGACACAGUGCUGGGGCUGUGCAGGUAGUACUGCUGUACUGAGGACCAGAUGCCCCUCUACACCCCCCAAAUAAAAGUCUGGAUCGGA